AUAUUAAUCUAGAGAGAGAGAGAGAGAGAAGUGAAGUUUCUUGAACCCACCCACAUUACAUACAACGCCGAUAACAACUCCUUCCGGCAAACCUCACCAACAAGCAACCAGACCUACACACCUCAACCAUGGGUGUCGAUUACUACAAGAUUCUUCAAGUCGAUCGCAACGCUAAAGACGACGACUUGAAGAAAGCUUACCGCAAACUCGCUAUGAAGUGGCAUCCUGAUAAGAACCCUAACAACAAAAAGGACGCAGAAGCCAAAUUCAAAACCAUUUCUGAAGCUUACGAUGUUUUAAGUGAUCCGCAAAAGAGGGCAGUUUAUGAUCAAUAUGGGGAGGAGGGGUUAAAGGGGCAGGUGCCACCGCCCGGCGCGGGUGGGUUUUCCGGUAUGUCAACUGAUGGUGGUUCAACAACAUUUAGGUUUAAUCCACGCAAUGCUGACGAUAUAUUUUCGGAGUUUUUUGGGUUCCAGAGCCCGUUUGGAGGGAUGGGGGACAUGGGAGGGUCACGUGGAGGGCCGGGCGGGCAUUUUCCGAGGAGCAUGUUUGGUGAGGAUAUAUUUUCCCAGUUUAGAGGGGCUGGUGGCGGUGAAGGGUCGGCUAGUAUGCCGCCCAGGAAAGCGGCGGCAAUCGAACGUGCAUUGCCGUGUAGCUUGGAGGACCUGUAUAAGGGGACAACAAAGAAGAUGAAGAUCUCGAGAGACGCCACUGAUGCUACUGGGAGACCAGCCACAGUGGAAGAAAUCCUUACAAUAGAGAUCAAACCCGGGUGGAAAAAGGGUACAAAAAUAACGUUCCCAGAAAAAGGAAACGAACAACGAGGCGUAAUUCCUUCGGAUCUCGUGUUCAUUAUCGAUGAAAAACCUCACGCUGUUUUCAAACGAGAUGGCAAUGACCUUGUUAUCACCCAAAAAAUAUCACUAGCCGAAGCUUUAACCGGUUACACCGCCCAAAUCACGACACUUGAUGGCCGGAGUUUAACGAUUCCAAUUACUUCGGUAAUCAGUCCCACAUAUGAAGAAGUGGUUAAAGGCGAAGGGAUGCCCAUACCCAAAGAACCUAGUAAAAAAGGUAACUUACGGGUUAAGUUUAACAUUAAGUUCCCUACAAGACUUACCUCGGAGCAGAAAACCGGGAUGAAACGACUGUUGACUUCUUCUUGAAGCGGAUCGGGUUUAAUGUAUUUUGUCUUUUGAGACUACAGUUAAAGUAGAGUGCUUGAUUUUUUAAAGGAAUCUUGUUAUUUAUGGUACUGUAACUUCUUUUGGAGAUAGAUUUUGUUUUGCA